CCUCCUCUAUAAAUUGCUUCAUGUGAUCCUCCUGGUCCCGCUGCUAAUCUGUUAGUGAGGAUUAGUUCACGCACGAGGACACAACGAGCAACAUGAGGAACGUCAUUGGGACCGUUCUGCUUUUAUUCUUUGUUUUACUCACCUCAGCUCAGGUACCAAAGCAAUGUUCUGCACCUUUGGAGUACCCGCACACCAUACUGGAGCAGAAGUACAUCAGCAGACAGAAGUUCAGCCACAAUGAGAAAGUUUAUUAUCGCUGUGAAGAGGACUUCAUUCCUUACAGAGGAGUCCCGAAAGUUCAGUGUGUGGACGGAGCGUGGACCAAACUCACCCUGAAAUGCGAAAAGAGAUCCUGCGGUAAUGCCGGGGAACUACCAAAUGGACAGUUUAUUUAUGAGGGGAAUUCUUACAUCGGUGAGAGAGUUUAUGCAGAGUGUAAUGAGGGUUACACCUUGAAAGGGCUCAACUACCUGAUAUGCAAGAAGUCAGGCUGGACCGGAGAAGUCCCGACAUGUGAAGAGGGACAGGCCACCUGCUCCUCUCCCACAGUGGCUAACUCAGUGAGCAGCGGUAGAGAUGUUUCUGUGUACCAGCUGGGAGAAAACGUCAACUUCAGCUGCAGUCUGGGUUUCCAGCUAGAGGGAGCUCAGAGGAUCACCUGUGGUCCUGGUGGUCAGUGGCAGCCUGAGCUGCCCCGAUGUCUGCCCAAAAAAACUCCUGAAAAAGAAGGAGGAUGUGGUGUUCCACAAGUCAGCGAGAACUCCAACGCCAACCUGGCUGAUAAAUACAUCAUGAUGACUUCCUUCUCUUCUGGUGAUAAAGUGUAUUACAUGUGUGAUAUCGGAUAUGUUGCAGCAGGUGGCAGUAGAUAUCGCAGGUGCAGCGAGGGGAAGUGGUCGCCUCUUAGGCUCAAGUGUGAACGAUGGUCCUGUGGCUCUGCUGGAGAGAUUGCCAAUGGACAGUUUAUCUACAAGGGAGUUCUGUUUGGAGACACUGCUACAGCUGUGUGUGAUGAAGGGUUUCAUCUUGUGGGACAAGCACACAGGAUCUGCAUGAGUACAGGCUGGGAUGGACGUGUUCCUGUCUGUGAAGCUGUGACAUGUGAAGCUCCUCCACCGGUGAUAAACGCAGACAUGAUUGGCUCUGAGGAUCCACCGUACACAUACAGGAGAGUGAUUCAAUACCAGUGUCGGGUGGGAGUCCUCACUGGAAAAAGGGAGAUCUGGUGCACCAAGGAUGGGACGUGGAGUCAUCCUCCUCCUACAUGCAAAGAGAUAACAUGUCCACCCCCAAAUGUGCGAAACGCCUAUUGGACACAUGCACAAAAGAAGGCGCAUCAGCCCAGGGACACUGUAAUGAUCCAGUGUAAGCGUGGUUACAUAAUGUCCGGCCCAGACGUUCUCACGUGUGGUACUAAUGGUCAGUGGUCACCUUUCCUUCCUCAAUGCACUGGCAGAUCACGUCGUAUCCACCACAGGGGCUAAUGCAGUAGCUGAAAGGUAAACUAUGAUAUUAAAGUCCACCUGGUUGAGCUGUAUCAGUCAGUGAGGAUGGAAGACAUAUCUCAAGCAAAGCUUCAUAAUGUCUGCCUUUAGAAAGGCUAAUUCUUUGUAUGAUGCUCUAAAUGUUGUAUAUUUUUCUUAUUUGCUUAUAAAACCUUUAUAAAGUCAUUAUACAGACAUUAAACUCUGCCUGAAAUGAA